AUGUUGGCCGCGAAUUACAAGCAUGAGGAAAACGCCGAGAUCACCAGACGCGACCCGUCCCCUUGGGACGGGGACAUGGAUAUCUUGCUCCUCAAGCUUGUCGACAGGGAGAAAGCCAUCUUCGAGCGCAUUAGUCAUGCCAACUCGUGGCUCUCGGCCCUGAAGGAGAUCAUGCCGUUCAACUUCUCCUUCUCUAGCUCCGCCUCGGCCGUCGUCGUAGGCUCCGCUUCCGCCAACGGACACGGCGCGAUCAAGGGAUGGGCUUACAAGCACGAGGCGUACUCGAACAACGACGGCUCUGGCGUGCGAACAACUAAGCAGAAGCUGGGCGAGCCGCCCGUCACGCAGACCAGGAUGUACGACGCCCAAGGCCGGCCACUUCUUACCGACGGUGCCGGCAGGCGGACGGGUCUGGACGACAGCGUCAGGCGCAUUGAGGAUGUCACGGAGGAUCGCCCUUCAACAGGCUCGGUGAAAGUGGCAGAGAACUAG